GAGCUCGGCGAACACGCAGCAUUGUUGUCCUUUUCUGUGAUUUUUUAAGAAAAGAGUUUUUUUGUAUCUAUUUUUACAUAACCUCAUCAGACAUUAAUUAUUAUCUCUCUGCUAUGAUUGUAGUGGACUCUCAAGCCACAGGAAAUAGUAUCAGAUUCUGACCCCCUUCUCCCUCUCAGCCUCUCCCUUCUGCUCUCCUCCUCCCUCCCCUCUCCGUAAUCCAUCAUCUCGUUUCAAACAGAGCUCGAUCUGGGCGUCCAUGGAGGUCUGAAACCAGUAAAAAUCUCGUCUUUCCUUCCCCAGGUUGAUAGAAUUAUCGUCAAUCGGCGUUUUCCCACCGGGUUCCGGGUCAAAUCCGAUGUAAGAACGGUCAGAAACUUGAACGACACGCCUUGUUUAUAGAUCGGAGAAGAGGAAGGAAGGCUGUUGCUUUCUUCUUCUUCCUUCUUCUUUGAAGAUUUUUUUUUUUUUCAAAAAAUUUUUUGUUUUGCUACAUUAGCUUCGGAUAUUUUAAGAUAGGUUGUUUUAGGAGUGCAAAGUCUUCGUGUUUUUUUGGGAGAUUUUUGGUUUUAUUCAGCUGAUUUUACCUUCAAAAUCUCCAAACUCGUUACCAUCCCCCCUCCAAUUAAAUUCGAGAUCGAUAAAGUCACAAACUUCUCGGAAUUUUAGUCUGCGACUCCGCAUAGAUCAAAACUCUUCAGCUUUCAGCCCAAAAAUAUCCUCACAUCCAUUUUGAUUGGGAAACAUCUGGCUGGUUUGGAUUUAGAUCUUAAUUCCAGCAAGUGAUCUUUCUGAGCUUUUCCGUUAUAUUCCUUGCUUCCUAGAAUCUUUAGUUAACUUCAGAAGUUGGAUUCCGAUCAUUUGAAUCUAAAACCGCACGAUUGCACUUUGAAGUAAAUAAAGAUGACCAUCGGAAGCUUUUCCCCGGCCGAACACAAGGGAAGAGGAAAGAACAAAGAGAUUCUUGACGAGAAUGCUCCUCUUCUACCAACCCAACACGAGGUAAAUGGAGGAUUUGAUGAGUUUAAUGGAGCAUCUUUUGCUGGGGCUGUGUUCAACCUAUCCACGACCAUUGUGGGAGCUGGAAUCAUGGCCCUCCCUGCCACCAUGAAAGUCUUAGGCCUGGUGCCUGGAAUUGUCCUCAUCAUAUUCUUUGCUUUCCUCACCGAGGCCUCGAUCGAUAUGUUGAUCAGGUUCAGCCGGGCAGGGAAAACGAUCUCCUAUGCAGGAGUUAUGGGGGAUGCAUUUGGAAAAAUUGGGAAGAUGCUGCUUCAGAUCUGUGUGGUCAUAAAUAAUAUCGGCGUGAUGAUCGUCUACAUGAUAAUUAUUGGUGACGUGGUUUCCGGAACAUCUUCUGGUGGAGUUCACCAUUCUGGCAUUUUGGAAGGAUGGUUUGGGGAUCACUGGUGGAAUGGUCGCUUUUUCGUUCUCCUGGUCACUACUCUUGUAAUUUUUGCUCCAUUGGCAUGUUUCAAGCAUAUAGAUUCAUUAAGAUUCACAUCUGCUUUAUCAGUUGCACUAGCAGUAGUUUUUGUUGUAAUUACUGCUGGGAUAGCUAUCGUAAAAUUGCUGAGCGGAACCAUUUCCAUGCCCAAGUUGUUUCCAGAUAUACCUAAUCUGGUAUCUAUUUGGAACCUCUUCACAGUGGUCCCUGUUCUCGUAACUGCAUAUAUCUGCCAUUACAAUGUUCACACCAUAGACAAUGAGCUUGAAGACUCCUCCCAGAUCAAGCCCAUUGUACAGACAUCACUGGCGCUCUGCUCUACUGUCUACAUUACAACAAGCUUCUUCGGUUUCCUCCUCUUUGGUGAAUCCACUCUUGAUGACGUGCUCGCCAACUUCGACUCCAACCUUGGUAUCCCAUACAGCUCUGUGCUCAAUGAUGCUGUCCGAGUGAGCUAUGCCAUCCACCUUAUGCUUGUAUUCCCCAUCAUCUUCCAUGCACUCCGGCUCAACUUGGAUGGCCUUCUCUUUCCUUCAGCAAGGCCUUUGGCUUCUGACAAUCGGAGGUUUGCACUAAUUUCAGUGGUGCUUCUCUUGGUUAUUUUCGUGGCAGCAAAUUUCAUUCCCAGCAUUUGGGAUGCCUUUCAAUUUACUGGUGCAACAGCCGCUGUCUGCAUUGGAUUUAUCUUCCCUGCUGCCAUUACCCUCAGGGAUUCCCAUGGUAUAGCGACCAAGUGGGAUAAGAUCUUAUCUGUUUUCAUGAUUGUCCUUGCUGUGCUGUCAAAUGCAAUAGCUAUAUACAGUGAUGCCUACUCGCUCUUCCAUAAGGAAAAGGCCUCGCCUCAGUCUUAAGCUCUGUGAUCCUCGGUAUUAAGGAAGUACAACAGUGGUGUCUCAUGUCUGCUGUGAAUAUGUAGGUUGGUAAAAUUGGUUAAUAGAGCACCAACCUGUGCAGGCAUGAUCAAAGUUUGUUCUGUUCGAUAAUUUAAAGCAACCCGACAUAAUUUGAGCCACAUGCUUUGAACGAUAUGCACACAUCUAUGUGGAGAGAUUCAUGUAUCAGAGGUUAUUGCACAAUAUGCCGUUGUUACGAAGGGUGAAAUUGGAGUUGCGAGUUGUAAAUUAUUGAAUCGGUUGUAAGUCGGUCAAUCUGUAUACUUGAACCAUGCCUUUUCCUUGGCUGUGUAGGCUCCUGUUUUGUGUGUUACAAAAUAUUCGGUGCAAAAUUGUUUUGUCAAUAAUUUCAGUGUGAUAUGAUUUGCUCAAAGCAAAGUUUCUUGACAUAAUUAAAAUUGCAAUGAGGUAUUUUUUGA